AUGGCGUCCUGCCGCAUCCCUGCCCUCCGGCACAUCGUCACCUCCUCGGCGCGCGCCUUCCGCGCCUCGAACCAGCGCCGCUGGGCCCAAGUCCACGACGUACGCUUCCUCGCCACGACCCAACAGCCCCGAACCGUCGUCGAGAAGUACCGCGCCAAGCUCGAACAGAAGGCGCGCCAGGAGGGCGUUUCCAACAUCGACGAGCUCAAGGCCGCCUACGCGGACAAGAUCCAGGAGCAGAAGAAGAAGGACGCCAUCUCGGUUCCCGGGCUGGACAGCCUCCUCAACGACGAGCCCGCGCCCACAGCGAUACCAACAACAGCAACCAGCGCAUCUGAGGGCGCCCCGGUCGCGAACGCCUCCCAGCAGAAACAACCCCCGAUCCCCGGCUCCUCGGGCAACGGCAUCAAGUCCCUCGACGAGAUCCUCGACCUCCCCAAGGUGCGCGAGCUGCCCGACAAGGAGCUCACGGCGAUCUGGCGCCUGCGCCACGCCUCCGACCCGACAUCUCUCUGCGCCGUAAUCCCGGCCCCGGCAUAUCGCACGAUGGAGGCCCUCGCGAAGCAGAACCCGCAGUUCAUCCUGCCGGUGCCGCACGAGGAGCAGGGCGCCGAGAUCCACUUCCUGCAGUGGGUGUUCGACAAGGCCUCGCGGACGGCGACGGUCAUGUUCACGCAGCUGGCCGAGUUCAAGGCGCGCGGCGAGUUCGCGCAGCCGCACACGACCAUCACCCACCACACGGACCUGGCGGACGACAGGGGCGUGGUGCUGAUGCAGGGCAAGUGUCUGGAGGACCGGGGCGUCAAGACGGCGCACGCGCAGUGGCUGGUCAUGUGCCUGCAGAGGUUCUACGGCGAGGCGGAGGGUAAGGAGAGGGCGGCGGAGAGGCAGAAGUUGCUGGAGUGGUUCCGUACCGGCGAUGAGAGGUUCAGCGUUGAGAAGCUGAUGGAGGAGGCUGAGCGCAUCGGUUGA